AUGCUCGAAUCUAUCUUCUCUGUGCUGCGUGAAACCUGGAAAGAUCGGAAGGCGCCCAAUACAUCAAAUUAUAAUGGAUGGCGAGAUAUGCUUCAGCGCAACUGGCAUCUCGGUCUCACCAGCUUUGGAGGUCCUGCAGUUCACUUUCAGAUCUUCCGACGUCUGUUUGUGGAAAAGUACAAAUGGAUAGACGAUCAAAUGUAUCAGGAGAUCUUCGCGCUGUGUCAGGCCCUCCCAGGCCCAGGCAGCACUAAGAUGAUCUAUUGUAUCAAUGUCAUCCAUGCAGGCUUCCUGCCAGGAAUGGUAUCUUUCUUCGUCUGGAGCUUGCCCGCUGCUAUCGGAGCUUAUGGUCUUGCUGUUGGCAUCGCGCAGGUUAACGAGCGGCUACCUGACCCGGUCUAUGCUUUACUGUCGGGUCUCAACGCAGCCACCGUCGGCAUAAUCGUUCUUGCUGGGGUUCAGCUUUCUCAAAAGGCUAUCACAGACAAGCUAAGCAGGAUCUUAGUAUUCUUUGGCGCCGCGGCGGGCAUGCUUUAUAACUCACUUUGGUACUUUCCUGUCCUCAUGGUGGUGGGUGGAUGCUCCACAAUUAUCUGGGAUCGUAGAUGGCUUCAGAACCUUGUGAAGCGGUUCAGAACGGUGCGUCGGAGGGUACCAGCCACUGUGCAGGAUGUUGAAGCAAGUGAGAGCGCAACAGAACUAAAGGAGACAACAACUGCCGAAACUUCAGAGCAGAGAAGAAAGACACCUUCAAUCCGUUCUGGUGAUAAUACUGAUAGUACUCCACAGAGCGCGUCGAACGAGGCUCAAGCUACUGGCAACGAUGGAUUGCAGCGACCUGAGGAACGAGAAAGAAUCGUUCCUGAUGCGUUACAGAUGCGAGUCUUUUCUUGGAAACUUGGCGUCACCAUAAUUGCUUGCUUCUUCAUCACCUUCAUUGUCAUUAUGACUUUGCGUGGUGUUCUCUCAAAUAGACCUCGCGGAUUUAGCUUGUUCGCCAAUAUGUACCUCGCCGGUACCAUUAUAUUCGGAGGAGGGCCUGUGGUUAUUCCGCUACUAAGAGAAUAUGUCGUUACCGAAGGCUGGGUCUCCCCCCGGGACUUCCUUCUUGGCCUUGCCAUCAUCCAAGCCUUUCCUGGACCGAACUUCAACUCUACCCCCAAAGUCGCUGUCUACCUCGGUGCCCUCGCCGCCAAGGGAACCUCCCUCCCCCUCGCCGCCGGCGCCGUCAUCGGCUUCAUUGGCAUCUUCACCCCUGGCCUCGUGCUACACACUGGCACCAUGGGUGUAUGGCGCACUCUCCGUGGCUACCGCUGGUUUACUUCCUGUCUGCGUGGGGUCAACGCAACAGCCGUCGGCCUCGUCUACACGGCUGUCUUCCGUCUCUGGCGCAUUGGAUACAUUGAUGGGGAGAACCAACAGGGAACCUCGCUGGAGACGGAUCCGUGGUGGGUGGUUAUCACCGCGACGAGCUUCGUGGGCGGGAUGUGGUUCAAGUUGCAGGCUCCUGUGGCUAUUCUACUUGGUGGGACGAUGGGAAUGGUUUGGUACGGGAUUGUCAGGGCUUGA